AAACCUCGAGAUACUCGCGUUAUAUAAAGUUUGGAACUCAACUGCGAUUGACUUGACCAACCUACUGGAUUCCUUCCUUUCUUUUUCCCAGUAUACAUAAUGUUGCGUUACUCUUCUCCAAUGAACCCUCAUGCUGCGGCAUGCCCUCCCAUGGAGCACUCCUACUCGACCAGCAGUGAGGAGUCCAUGCAGUCUCCGAUGGGAUACUAUGAGGUGUACGCCAUGGCGAGCAAUGAUAUGGAGCUCUACCAUGCCCAGUCCAAUGCAUCCUCGUAUUCUUCCUCCUAUCCAUCUUCCAACUAUUCCUACUCCUCCUCAUUCGGCUCGUCCUACGACUCGGGCUCUUUUGAGGCGUCUUCCUACGACUCGGCCUCCUAUGACUUUACCACCCCUCCACCCGUCUACUGCCCACCGGAUCUCAAUCCACAGUUCGCCCCACAGUACUUUUCGUCCCCCGUUCAGGGCACAUGGCCCACCCCCCCUGCACAGGUCACGCCGGUGGAGGAUUUCCCCUACCCUCCACUGGAGACCCACUUCACUCCGUGCGAGACGGCCAAACCGGCGAAGCCCUACGUCUGCGAGUGCGGCCGGGCGUUCACUCGGCCAGCGGACCUGAAGCGGCAUGAGUCCAGCGUCCACAACCCUGUCUUCCAGGACUGCCCGGUCCAGGGAUGCAUCCGCAAGGACAGCAAUGGUUUCCCGCGUCGCGACCACUUGAUUGAGCAUCUGCGGUCGUACCACCAUCUCGAUGUGCCGAAGCGCCGUGCGGCUACUAAGCGGGUGGCAAAGGCGGCCUAAGAUGCGACACGAUGAUGUCUUGGCCGCCCUCUCCUGUAUGGGCUUGGGCCCUUCUGCCAUAGUUGUUCAUUGGCUUCAGGGCAGUGAUCUGCCGUAUGUGACUGCGUGACAUGCUUGGCACCUCAUCCUCCCCUGGAGUG